GAGAAGCCUUGGUUAUAUUUUCCCCCCCUUGAAAUUGACGCAAAAUCGCAUCAGGUGAUAGGUCCACAUCAAAUCUUCUCGGAGAACGACGACAAUGGACGGUGGAGGCCGUGGUGGUGUUUACAAUCCAAGGACUGUUGAAGAAGUUUACAGAGAUUACCAAGGCCGUCGUAAUGGCUUGAUAAAAGCCCUAACUACGGAUGUUGAGCGAUUUUAUCGGCAGUGCGAUCCAGAAAAGGAAAACCUUUGUCUAUAUGGAUUCCCUAGUGAACAAUGGGAGGUUAACCUACCAGCAGAAGAGGUUCCACCAGAGCUCCCUGAACCUGCAUUAGGUAUCAAUUUUGCACGUGAUGGAAUGCCAGAAAAUGAUUGGUUGUCUCUUGUUGCUGUCCAUAGUGACGCAUGGCUACUUUCUGUCGCGUAUUAUUUUGGUGCUAGAUUUGGUUUUGACAAGUCAGACAGGAAACGUCUCUUCAAUCUGAUAAACGAUCUCCCAACAGUGUUUGAGGUGGUGGCUGUAUACGCCAAGAAACAGACAACUGAAAAAUCCUCAAUUUCCAAUCACAGUAGCAAUAAAUCCAAAUCAAACACAAAAGGGAGAGGAUCUGAAUCCCAGAUGAAAUACGCGAAAAUGCAAGGGAAAGAUGAAGAAGAUGAUUUGGAAGAUGAAGAUGAAGAUGAACAUGGAGAUACUUUGUGUGGAGCAUGUGGAGAAAACUAUGCUUCAGAUGAGUUUUGGAUCUGUUGUGAUAUAUGUGAGAGGUGGUUUCAUGGGAAGUGUGUUAAGAUCACUCCUGCAAGAGCUGAACACAUUAAGCAGUAUAAAUGUCCUUCCUGUAGCAGCAACAAAAGAGCUCGCCCAUAAAGCAAGUAACAAGUGUUUUCUUUAUUGUUAAGUUGUUUGGUAUUUCUCUAGUUUCUUGCUAUGUUUAGCUUGUUAUUGAUGUGAAUUUGAGAAUUACUUAUUAUUAGACUUGUUGAUGCCUAAAUGUAGAGUGUUCGCUUCUGUAGGAGUUAAGAAGUUAUGCUCUUUUUUAUUUGUUAGUUUGUGUUUUUGCCUAAUUGG